GGCGCACGGCGCUGCGGGCGGCGCGGCUUUCCGGGUAACUACACCCGAUCUAGCGACGCUCGCAGUCUCUUGUAGUCAGCUGGUGAGGUGUUCAAAACUGCUAACGUCGUCGUCCCCAGACGACACUGUCACAGUCCACACGCAGCCCAGCUCCAACCGGGUGCCAUCGACUCAACGCCAAGGAAUAUCCCAACUGAACGAGAGCAUGGAGCUGCUCCCGGACAACGUGCUGCUCGAGGUGAUGCAGUGCCUGGACUUAGCGGACCUGCUCGCCUGCCGCCUCGUGUGCCGUCGGCUCGGGGCCCUGGCGAUGCUCCCGGAGGCUUGGCGGCAUCAGAGCCUGGACCUCGUCUGCAUUGACGACGGCUACGGCUUAAACGGCCCUCGUCACAACGAGUGCGCUGUGCUGCAGCUGGCGCCCUGCCUGCGCGAGUGGGAACUCAUCAUCCCGCUGGAGAAGUUUCACACGCUGUACACCACGACCCGGUGUGCCGUGCACACGCUAACAUUCUGUGUAGAAGAGAUGAGUGGGAAAGACGCACUUCAAGUCAGCCUCCUCAUCCGGAACCAGGCGGCGCUCGGCCGGCUGAGGAGGCUUAGUAUCGGUUCCCAUGUGUGGCGGAGUACCAUGGAUGCCGAGGACGCCGCCGUGCUGCUCGGGACGGUGGCGGCGACGACCUCCUGCCUAGAAGAGCUGCAGCUUUUAGGAUUCGAUUGCUACCCGCCGUCCACGCUGGCCGGUCUUCACAGGUCCUUCCCCGGCGCGUCCCUGAAGAGCUUUGAGCACGACCUGGAGGAAUGCCCGGAGGCGGAGCCCUUCUGCGAGUUUAUCCUGUCCACGCACGCCACCACCCUGGAGUCGGUUAAACUCGGCUGCUACUACUUCACCUCGACGUCGACUGCUGCUCUCCUGGCAGGAAUACCGAACCUACGUAGUCUGCAGUGUGGCAUGAUGCCCGGGCUGGAGGCCGUGGCCGGGUGCGAGCAGCUGAGGGACCUGGAACUGUGCGUGGCGUACGACGGCGAGGCCCUCGCCGCCGCCGAGUUUCUGCGCCGAGCCACCCAACUAGUCAAGGUGACGCUCGAUUAUGAUGAGGUCGGCAUGGCCCCUUCCCUCGACGUGGAUUUUGUGCUGGCUCUGACCGCGACUGAGCACUCGCGCCUGGAGGCACUGUCUAUCAAAACUAGGGACGGGGGCCCCUUCCCUCAGCAGCAGUCUCUGCUCAAGGCGCUGCCCCACCUACCGGCGCUCAAGCACCUAGAGGUGCACGCCGAGGCCACCGACGAACUCCUGCUCGGUAGCACGCCCGCCACCGCGCCGGCCCUGCGCACCCUCAAGGUAUCCAGAAUAGACGUCAAGUGUGCGCACGACGCACUGCACCGAGACGCGGUGCAGAAACUCAUGUCCUUGAACCCCGACCUGAAGUUUUUCACUUAUAAGCUAAGCUAUUGCUACACAGAUGAUCGUUGCGCGUGGUGUUCUCUGGGUUGCCACCAGGAGAUGCGGGAUGAUUCGGGCCCACCACCAAAGUAUUGUGCCAACUAUGCUACCAUUCCUCGAUUGUGAAAUUGUAAAUUAAUUAGUUUGUUUCUCAUUUAAAUUUAAUGAUAAUUUUUAGUUUAGGAAUAACAAACCCUUUAUCCAGACCGAUCGAUACUAAAUGCUUGUUAAUUAUUGUAUCUCUUGGUUUAUUUUUCUUAUACUUCCAGUUGAAAUACAUUAUCAUUUGUUUGGGAUAA